AUGGCUGCAAGCGGUCCCUCGCUGUCGUUUUCGGCCCGACUCCGGGCAACGCUGAACUUCCUCCGCAGCCGCACUGGCCAUUCCCUCUCAGGUUAUGGCUCCACGCUGGCAGAGGGAGAUAUCCUCAUUCUAGGUGCCGGCUUUUCGGGUUUGCUCGUAGGCAUCAAGCUCAAGGAAGCUGGCAUCCCCUUCACCAUCAUUGACAAGGAAAGCGAUGUUGGGGGCACAUGGCUGCUGAACCGCUACCCAGGGUGUGCCUGUGACGUGCCAGCACACCUGUACAGCUACUCGUUCGAGCCAAAUCCAGACUGGUCCGAGGCAUAUGCUGGAUCCGAAGAAAUACAUGCCUAUAUCAAGCGUGUGUACGAGAAGUAUGACCUGGCACCACACACCCGUCUCUGCACCCGACUGAAAAAAGCUGAGUGGAUGCCUCAGCGACAGCGCUGGCGUGUCAUGCUAGAGUCAGAUGAAGUGCUGGAGCCCCGAUUUCUGUUCAGUUGUGUCGGAGCAUUGCACUACCCGCAGGUUCCCGAUGUACCUGGAAUGGAACGGUUCAGGGGCAAGAUGUUCCAUUCUGCUGAAUGGGAUCAUGGUGUUGACUUCACUGGCAAGAGGGUGGUCGUGGUGGGCAGUGGAGCGAGUGCUGUCCAGUUCGUUCCGGUGGUAGCAGAGCGAGCACAACGUUUGGUCCUGCUACAGCGCACACCCAACUGGGUCAUCGGAAGGCAAGAGACCCUCUUGCCUGCUCGUCACUACCCGGAGUACUUGAAGUGGGCCUACCGAAACAUCCCGCUGGUCCGCGCGGCCUACCGCACCAGCCUCUACUGGAAGCAAGAGCUCGCUCUGAGCGUAGGAGGUCUCUUCGAUGCACGUGAUCACCCACGCAACCAGAUUCUGCGAAGUCAGUGUCGCGGAUAUAUGGCUUUCCAGCUUCAGGACAAGCAGCUCAGGAACAAGGUCAUCCCAAAGUACCCACUCGGAUGCAAGCGCAUUUGCAGGUCGGACAUCUAUCUCGAAAGCCUUUGCCGAUCUAACGUGGAUGUGGUUGUGGCCGGGCUUGCCGAGGUCCAGGAGGAUGGGAUUGUCGACACCUGCGGCACGAAGCAUCAGGCAGACGUGCUGCUUUUCGGAACUGGCUUCGAGAUCGGAUCCAUUGGAAAGGACGUGCAGAUCUUGGGCACAUCCGGGUUUACUUGGUCCGGUGAUUCUGCGUGGCGACAGGGACACCAUGCCUACUUGGGCACCACCAUGCAGGAGCUCCCAAACACGUUCAUAAUCCUGGGACCCAACUCGGGCCUGGGCCACAACUCCCUCCUCCUAAUGGCCGAGGCCCAGGCAGAUUACGCCUUGAGGCUCUUGAAAGAGGCUCUGGACCAUGAUAUCGGCUCAUUUGCUGUGAAGCCGAGGGUAUUGAAGACCUACAACCGCUGGGUGCAAGAGCAGUUCAAGGACAAGGUUUGGAGCAAAUGCAGCAGCUGGUAUCAAGCCGAAACUGGCGAAAUCAUCGCCCUCUGGCCGCGCACGACCUACGACUUCUUUACUUGCCUCUACAACGCCCCGGGCCUUAGGGAAGACUACGAGGUCACCGUGCAGCCACGGGCGAGGCUUUGA